AUGACUCUGACCUCCUUUUACUCGACUAGCACCCCUCAGUCCACCCUUCCGGUCCUCGUCGUUGGCGCUGGGCCUGUCGGCCUGGUUGCAGCUCUCACGCUCGCGCGAAAUGGGAUACCUGUGAGGAUCAUCGACAAGCUGACGUCGUUCCACCCCGGCUCGCGUGGCCCAGCGAUUCAGCCUCGAACUCAGGAACUGCUGCACCAGCUCGGCGCGGAAGACAUGCUCCGGGCCACGAUCAAGAUGCCGCCGAUUAGAACGUACGCGUAUGGUACUAUGGAUGUUUUGAAGACGUGGGAUGCUGUUCCUCUGCUGGAGCCGACGCGGCAUAUACCAUAUGCGAAUCCCAGACUUUUGGGUCAGAAUGGCACAGAAAAGAUGCUGCGAGCCCAUUUGUCAAAGUACGGAGUCAAGGUAGAGCUCGGUCACGAGCUUCGAUCGAUCGAGCAGGGUGAUAAUUAUGUGGUCGCGCAUACUGUUAAACGAGACGGUUCAGAGGCGACAAUCCGGGGUAGCUAUCUGAUCGGCGCUGACGGGGGCAGAGGUGCCUGUCGAAAGCAGCUGGGCAUGACGUUCCUUGGUACAUCCAGGAAGGAGACGCCGACGGUAACUGGAGACGUCCGCAUGUCGGCAGACGGUCUCGACACCGAGCACUGGCACCGUUUCGGCACAGUGGAAAACACAGUUGUGAUGCUCAGGCAUUGUCCCGAAGUCGCCGAAGAGAACGAUGGGUGGCAGUACCUGAUUCAAGGAGAUAACCUCGACGUCGAGAGACUCCUUGCGAGCAAGGAGGCCGUGUUCAACGAAAUUGCAGCCACACUUCCGAUGAAGGUGCACUUCACGAGUCUCGUGUGGUCUGGAGAAUAUAGGCCCAACAUUCGCAUGGUGGACAGAUUCAGCGUCGGGCGCGCGUUCUUGGCUGGAGACGCUGCUCAUGUGCAUUCCCCUGUCGGUGGCCAGGGGCUCAACACAGGCAUACACGACGCUAUCAACCUCGCAUGGAAGCUCAUGCUCGUCGUGAAGGGAAAAGCAACCCCCUCGCUAUUGGACACCUACUCUGCGGAGCGACUGCCGCUUGUCGCUGAGAUGCUCAACAUCACGACGGGCCUCCUCGAUGCUGGCGCAUUCGGCUCGGACGCAGCGUGGCAGCCGCGUCCCGAGUCUCUGCGGAUGCUGGGCAUCAACUACCGCACGAGCAGCAUUGUCCUUGACGAGAUCAACGAUCCCAAUGACCGCGCAAAGAUACCCGCGUAUGGAGAUCCGAAUGACGACUCGCGGAGCGGGAGAGGGCUUGUUGCCGGAGAUCGCGCGCCUGAAGCUGCUGGGCUCGUCGAUGUGGCGGGCGGCGAGCAUCGAUUGUUCGAUAUCUUUGGCAUGACACACCACACGGUGCUCGUUUUUGCUCCCAGCGUCGAAGCUGCGGGAGGUGUUCUCUCUGUGGCAAAGGCGGGCGAUGACCUCGUGCGAUAUGUUGUUGUUCUUCCCGGUUCCGCGCAGAUCGAUGAGACUGCUGCCGCUGAGAGCAGGAAGACCGAUGGCGAUGGCAUAAUUAUCGUUCACGAUAGCAAGGGCAUCGCGUCCGCUGGAUACCAGACGGAGACGGCUGAGACGCGGGCUGUCAUCGUUCGCCCAGAUGGCUGGAUCGGUGGUUUGGUCCGUGAUGCUGAUGGCGUUCGUAGGUACUUCACCCAGAUACUUGCGUAGCGCAUGAGCUAUAGUAUAAUUUGUAAAUAAUUCGUAGGGGUGAUACUCGCGCUCUGUUACUGCUAAUCAAACUGAA